GAAAAAGAUCAAAGGAAAAAUUGCGAGUUAUUUAAAAUCUCGCAGACAGGCUAAUUGAUUAGUUAAAUAAGUAAUCUAUUCGGAUAUAUUGUCGAGCAAGUGGCAAGGAAAUAGUGAAAGUUGGUGUGUUUUCAAGACAUUUAAAGAAACGAAUCAUACGAAAUAAAACAUAUAAAAAAUAGCGAAGUACGAUGGCAGGUUUUGCGAAUCAAGCUGCCCUGCGAAGUCAUUACGAAGAUUUGAUUGACUCCACCGAAACUGAUAUUUCCGAAGGUCUCAAAAAUGCGAUGUCGUGGUUCAAACAGGCAUCAGCAGAGGUUAAAGAAGCAGGCAAACGUGCCGUUGUUCAAAUUCAGACGAAAAACCCCAAUUUAAUUCCUGUCGUGUCACCAGAGAAGAUCCCAGGACCAAAAUUUCUUAAAACACUGCUCAAACCACUUAGUCCAAACAACCAAAACGCGUCAACAUCUUAUGGAUCAGAUAUGGGCGCGAUGAGUACAAUGAGUCAAUCUGAUGAUAAUGAAAAUGGCAUUCAUGAUCAAGCAAAAAAGUUAACAAUAUUACAUUACAACGAUGUUUAUAAUAUAGACCAACAAGUGAAAUCAGGUGCCAUUGGAGGAGCGGCACGAUUUACAACAGCAAUUCACUCAUUUGAUCACCUAAAUCCUUUAGUUCUAUUCAGCGGUGAUGCAUUCAAUCCUUCAAUGCUUUCGACAUUUACUCAAGGCGAACAAAUGAUUCCUGUUUUAAAUAAAGUUGGAACUGCAUGUGCUGUAUUUGGAAAUCAUGAUUUCGAUCAUGGCUUAGACGUACUAUCAAAAUGGGUUGAACAAACAAAUUUUCCGUGGUUAAUGUCAAAUGUAAUUGAUAACGAGACUGGUCGACCACUUGGAAAUGGAAAAAUAAGCCACAUAUUAAAUCAUGAAGGCUUAAAAGUCGGUUUAAUGGGUUUAGUAGAGAAGGAAUGGUUGGAUACUUUACCUAACAUUGAUCCCAAUGAAGUAACAUAUAUUGACUAUGUCAAAGCUGGAAAUCAACUUGCUGAUGAUCUUCUUAAAGAAGGAUGUGAUAUAAUAAUAGCAUUAACACAUAUGCGUACACCAAAUGAUUUAAAUUUAGCACAGCAUUGUCAAAAGCUGGAUCUCAUUUUAGGUGGACAUGAUCAUGUCUAUGAAAUAGUUAAGGUUAAUCAUCUUAAUGUUAUUAAAUCGGGUACUGAUUUUCGUCAAUUCUCAAAAAUUACAAUAAAAAAGUCGUCGGUAAACGACGAAAUGCAAUUAGAUGUUGACAUUGAAAAGAUUGACGUAACAGAGUCAUUUGCUGAGGACAUUGAAUUAAAAGCGGAAUUGAGUCAUUAUAGUGAAAUGAUUGAAUCAAAAAUGGGAAUGAUUUUAGGUAAUUUCACUUGUUCUUUGGAUGCACGAUUUGCGAUGAUACGAACGAGCGAGACAAAUUUAGGAAAUUUCAUUUGUGAUAUUGCGCUAGCUUCGACAUCUGCAGAUGUAUGCAUUAUUAACAGUGGAACUUUUAGGUCAGAUCAGGUUCAUGCUGCUGGUCCAUUUUCAAUGAAAGACUUAGUCUCAAUAAUUCCUAUGCAAGACCCUUUAAUUGUCAUUGAAGUGACCGGUCAGAUUUUGUAUGAGGCACUCGAGAAUGCUGUCUCAGCGUAUCCGAAGUUGGAAGGACGAUUUCCACAAGUUUCUGGAAUUUCAUUUACAUUUAAUCCAGAUCGAGUACCUGGAACUCGCGUUGAACCGAGAUUAGUACGAAUUGGAGAUGAAUGGCUGGAUGUAAAUGAAAAAUAUACACUUUGCGUUAAAGCUUACAUGCACUCGGGAUGUGACGGUUACGUCAUGUUUAAAAACUGUCCAAUUAUUAUGGAUGAAGACUCAUGCCCUGAACUAGGGCUAGCAAUACAAAAUCACUUUAAAGCAAUCGAUCUUAAGAUGGGUAAAACUGGAAAGCACUCAAAACAUCGUCAAAGUUUAGUAACAUUGUCUCGUAGACACAGCAUGGUACAAAUGUUAGAGAAUCUCGAGCUUGAUGGACCAAAUCCAGUCAGGAUCCAUCAUCCACCGACUAAUCAUCCUCUAAAUCCACCAAUCUCAACUAGCGCAAAGAUGUUAAGACGUGCUUCCCUCGACGACUUGGAACAAUCAUCGUGUAAUUUAGCUCCCACAAUACAACAUCGAAUCGUUAUGGUACAAAAUGAGGAUCACUUAAAGCAAAUGCUUUUGAGACGCGAAGCUAUGGAGAAAACCACCGAGAUUAUCAACGAGAUGGAUGAGAAUAGUCCAACACAAUAAGCAAGGAAAUGACAAAUGACAAAAUAAAUAAGAGACAACAUGAACACGGUAACUUUAAUGAAGCAUAUAUUAUAUUUUAGUGUUUUAAAACAAAAAUCAGAGUGUCAACAUUCCUAUGCUGGAACAAUGAUAUUAGCCGAUCCAUGAUGAAUGACAUUAUUUAAAAAACGUAUUUUUUGAGCUUUAUUAGCAUGUAAAAAAAGGAAAUCUGACUUUAUGUUUUUCGUUGAGUGAGAUAAUGAUGUAAAAUUUUAUUAUGAUAAACUUUACAAAAGGACAUCAAUCGAGUUGUUUUAUUCUUGUUGUGGAAUUAAAAAAAAAUGUUUUAAAUUAUAUCGGUGGUACUAUAUACUAUAAACUAUGUCAUAUGAGAGUAUAAAACUAGAGCUUAUUAAGCUUGUUAAUUAAAUUAUUAAAAGAUUGAGAAACGAACAAAAAUUGAUAGGAAUGAAGCCUUUUUUGAUCACUG